GCAGUCUCUCGGCACCUUGGGGGAAGGCUGGGAGGUGUAACCAUCGCCAGCGAGCGAGGGAGAGCAGGAGAGAAGGAGAAGGAAGCCAAUAACAGGGAGGUCCAGGAAGGUGGCGGAGGGGGAGGGACGGGGCCACUCCUCCAUCGGUGGGACUGCAGAUUAUUUUGCAUGGAUUGUUGAAGAGAAAAGGGAGCUGCAUUUGUGAAGGGACCAAAAAAUAAACAGCUCAUUGCUCGGGCAGGGGCCGUGCAGGGACCAGGAGCGCCCGGCUGCGAUAGGAGCGGCGAUGCCGCGCGCGCUGUGACAGCGAGGGAUGCACACGGAUGCACGUGCAGAAGAGGUAGCAGCGAGGCCGAGCUGAGCGCGGGGAGGGAUCCCGUGGGCGCUGGGACACGGAGCGGAACAUGAGCGAUCCCGGCCCCUCGCCACGCUCCGCCGCAGAGGAGAACGAGCCGCAGUGCCCGGGCUCGCAGCCGUCCCCGCCGCUGCAGCGGAGCCAGCCCGCGGAGCCUGCCAGCGGCAGAGCCAGCCCCCGGCGCGAUGCUCAGCCCUCCCGGGCGGAGGGGGAGCCGCGGGACGAACAGCUGGAAGCGGUGACAGAGGCGGGCGAGAGGCUGAGCGAGAGCGGCCGUGCGGACGGGGCAGCGCUGCCCAACGGGGCGGGCGCGGCGGCGGCCGCGGGGCGGGAGCGGCCCCGGGACGGAGCCGGAGCCGGGAACGGCCGGAGCAGCCCCGAGGCGGGGGACACGGGCUCCCCCAGCCCGCAGCCAGCCAGCGGGGCCCUCAGCAAGCAGCGCUGGCACAGCGUCCUGGGCUCCUCGGAAGCUCUGAGCGCUGACGAGGCAGAGGAGCAGUUCGGGUUUGCUUCUGGAGAUGUCAAGCUGAGCUGCAGUGAUAAUGACAGGGAGCAUUUCCAAUUCAAAGACAUCAGGGAUGGCUUCAGCUCGACCUUUGAGAAGAUUGUUGAGUCUGACCUUAUGAAGGGCACCUACUACAGCAGCCUGGACUCUUUGGACAUGCUCUCCCUCACAGACGAGACAGACAGCUGUGUCAGUUUUGAGGCACCCCUCACCCCACUGAUCCAGCAAAGGGCCAAGGAGAGCCCUGAGCUCCUGGAGCAGAAACUGGCAGCCCAGCAGAGAGAAACCCUUCACCACAUGGCUGCUGACAAGCAGGAGCAGGCGGCAGCCAAGGCAGCGGAGGGGGAUUUUGGGAGUCCUCUCAGACACUCAAUUACCAGCAGCAGGUCGGAGAAUGUGCUCAGCCGGCUGUCCUUGAAGAGUAUCCCAAAUGGGUUCCACGUGGAAGGCUCAGAGGAAGAUGCCACCAAGAUCAUUAACUCCAUCAGCGACGCCAGCCUGAAGGACACCCUGUCGGACUCGGACUCGGACAUGGGCAGCACGGAGCAGCUGGACCAGGGCAGCACGGACACGCUGGCCAACGGCUGCAGGGCGGACAGCGAGGCUGCCAAGAGGUUGGCCAAGCGCCUCUACAACCUGGAGGGCUUCAAGCGCUGCGACGUGGCCCGACAGCUCGGCAAGAAUAAUGAAUUUAGCAAGCUGGUAGCAGAGGAGUAUCUCAGCUUCUUUGACUUCACUGGCCUGACCCUUGACAAAGCACUCAGGACGUUCUUGAAAGCGUUCCCGCUGAUGGGAGAGACGCAGGAGCGGGAGCGGGUGCUGAUCCACUUCUCCCGGCGCUACUGCCACUGCAACCCCGAGGAGAGCACCUCCGAAGAUGGGAUUCAUACACUCACCUGUGCCCUGAUGCUGCUGAACACAGACCUCCAUGGCCAUAACAUUGGCAAAAAGAUGUCGUGCCAACAGUUCAUAGCAAACCUGGAUGGGCUGAACGAUGGGAAGGACUUUGCCAAGGAUUUGCUGAAGACACUCUAUAACUCCAUCAAGAAUGAGAAGCUGGAGUGGGCCAUUGACGAGGAUGAGUUGAGGAAAUCACUCUCGGAGCUGGUAGAUGACAAAUUCGGAGCCAGCGCGAAGAAAGUGACAAGGAUUGUUGACAGCAGCAACCCCUUCCUGGACAUCCCCCAGGCGCUGAACGCGGUCACCUACAAGCACGGCGUCCUCACCCGCAAAACCCACGCAGACAUGGAUGGCAAGAGAACUCCCAGAGGAAGAAGAGGUUGGAAGAAAUUUUAUGCUGUGCUUAAGGGGACCGUCCUCUAUCUACAAAAGGAUGAAUAUAAACCUGACAAAGACCUCUCUGAAGUGGAUCUGAAAAACGCCAUCCGUGUGCACCACGCCUUAGCCACAAAAGCCUCUGACUACAGCAAGAAGUCCAACGUGCUCAAGCUGAAGACAGCUGACUGGAGAGUCUUCCUCUUCCAGGCCCCAAGUAAGGAAGAAAUGCUCUCCUGGAUCCUGCGGAUCAACCUUGUUGCUGCCAUCUUCUCUGCUCCAGCCUUCCCAGCUGCGAUCUGCUCCAUGAAGAAGUUCUGCCGCCCGCUCCUGCCUUCAUCCAUGACCAAGCUGUGCCAGGAGGAACAGCUGAGGUCUCAUGAAAAUAAAAUGAAGCAGAUUGCAGACGAAUUAGCAGAGCAUAAAUUACAUCCUGUAGAGAAGAGCCUCAAGUCAAAAGAGGCUGAGGAAUACAGACUCAAAGAACAUUACCUAAUAUUUGAGAAGAGCCGCUAUGAAACGUACAUCAACCUGCUGUGCAUGAAGAUAAAAGUGGGGACGGAUGACCUGGAGAGGAUCGAGACCAGUUUCUUCAAGGUGGAAGCCGACGACAUGGCUUUGCGGAAGACACAUUCCAGCCCUUCCCUGAGCCAAGGGCACAUGUCCAUCAGCUGUAAGGCAGAAAAGGACAUUUUAGAGCAGAACACUUAACAAGGAACAUGUGCACGGGGGGAUGAACCGGCAAUGCUCUGCGCUCCUGGACUUAGAUUGAUGAGCACAAUUUUACUUAGGAAAUUAUAUGAGCAAAACCGUAGACAUGUAUGACAUGGGGAUUGCUCUAGUGAAAGAAAUCAAAGAAGCUUUAGUUGACACUCUCUGACAAUGCUCUGGCAUUUCAGCAUCAUCUCUUCUUCAUUCCCAACUGCACCAGUGGCUUUUCUUUCCCUCCUGCUGCAGCCUGCACAACAAAGGGAUAUGCUGGUUCUCCAAGGGCUGGGUCGCUCUUUCCUCCACCAGCCCUGGCUCUCUCCUUCCCUCCCUGGAGUCCCCAGCGGUUCAUGGUCACAGUCCCUGGCAAUGCAGGAAACUGAGCCAAGACAACGUCUGUGGCACCACCAGCGCUCCCAGAGAAGGGCACAGGGUGGUGGGGACACGUCCCUGCCCCAGGAGGAGCACGAUGUGACAGGACAGGCGUCGUGAGCUGGUCACCGAGCGGGUGAGAGGCGUCUUCAGCACGGCAACAUGGGAAUGUCACCUGCCCAUGGCAGGAGAAGCCUGAAGGGCCCUCUGUCACCUUACCCUUUUUAUAUAUAUAUAUAUAUACAUAUGAAUAUAUAUAAAUAAAUAUAUAUAUAUAAGGAAACUUUAACCUGGGUUUUUAACCUCAGUGUGCAAGUGAAGGCAAGCUGCCUGGGGAACACACUAGGGACGUGGAGGGUCUGACCAGCCCACCAGGACGUUCUAAAAAAAUUGAAUGGCUGUGUAUCUUUUUUUGUUUCUUUUUCUUCUUUUUUUACUCGAAUGGAAAUCCCACCUGGCUUUGCUGUGAAACAUCGCUCUCCCAUUCCUGCUUAUUCAGACAAACUGCCCAGGUGGCUGCUGGUUUGGCAGCCAUGGGAGCCACCACUCUGGGUUCGAGGCACAGCUGGAGCCGUGCCUUGUGUGCAGGAGUGAUCCCACUGCCCGUCCCUGCUGUAUCCUCCAUCCUGCGAUGCACAUGCUGUACUCUUUUAAGUGGGAAUUGUGUUUCUCUUCCUUUCUGCUGUCUGUGGUCCAAUGAUUUACUGUUGUGCUGAAGUGAUUCCUCUGCAUUUCAAUGCCACGACUGUCCUCCCACACUUUAUUUAUUUCACUGUUUCGUUUGAUCCUUUAUCUCAGAUUGCUUUUCUUUCCCCUAGGUGAGUUCACAGUAAUCAAGUUCCAGUUUUGAAGGAUCUUGUAGCUGCUAAUUACAGUCAUUUAUUGUUUAUAUUUUGCAGCAUUUUUUAAACAAACAAAAUAAGAUUUAUUUGGACCUUCAAUGUUUGAAAGCCUAUGGACUACUAUUUUCCAUGACAGUUCAUGACACUAAAAACUUCUUCUCAACUUUUUUGCCUCUUCUUUUAUCUCUGUUUCUUUGUACAGUUUGAUAGUUUAUUUGAAAUGAUGCACUAAGAAUCAUGUAAAAGAAAGAAUAACAAUAAAACUGAAUCUGUUGGUAAAGAGAA